UUGUGUAAUUUUUUGACUUCCCCACCACUUGACAACCCCUCACUUCCUUUGUUUGAGGAAGCAACUAUGAGCGCCACCAACAUGCCGGGUAGCAAAGGAAGAAAGGGGAAGAAUAUCAACAUCCCUCCGGAGCUGCCCGAGAUCCUGAAACAAUUCACCAAGGAUGCCAUCCGCACCCAGCCCGCCGACCUCAUCGAGUGGGCAACCUUGUAUUUCAGUGCCCUGAUCCAAGGGCAGGCAUUGCCAGUGAAGGAUAACCUGGAGAAAGCCACAGCUCCCAAAGCCAUGGACCUCAGCCCACCCUCCCUCACAGCCCUGCACACCCAGCUGGGGAAGAGCAGCAAGGUGACUAAGAAGCAGCUGGAGGAGACCUGGAAGUCGUGCGGCCUCUCCCCAGACCUGCUGAAGCACAUCCUGUCCGUCGGCUCCUUCGGCAGCGAGAUCGAGUGGAUCAAGUUCUUCGCUCUGGGCUGCAGCUACCUCGGAGGGACCAUUAAGAAUGCCAUGAUCCAUGCGUGCUACAUCCUGAAUGCGGACAGCUCUCUGCAGCCGCCGGACGCCUGCGUGCCGCUCGACACCUUCCACUUCAUCUACACAUACCUGGCCGGCGUGGACGGAGAGGUGUCCAAGACGCAGAUGGAGAGAGCCAUCGCCCAGCUAGAGACCCUCGCGAAAGAAAACGGCGGCAUGGUCAAGGUGUCUGACUUCAUCAACAGCCGUAAAAUCCGCCUGGGCUGAGAGACAGAUGGAAAAGACACAAAUAGAAAAGAAUGCAAUACAUUGCCCCUACUUCUCUUGGAAAAAGAGACUACUGCUGAUUAAAAAAAGAAAUAUGCACGCUGAAAUUAUUAGCCUACACUAUCAUGAAAUAAAAAAUACAUUAUGAUGA